AAGUACUGUCAUCAUGGAGUUGCAACAAAGACCACAUAAAAACAAACAAGGUAAAGCAGUAAACUGAGCUGUCAAUGACAGAGCUCCAACACACAUCAUCAAUUAAUACAAAACUAAUUACUAUUAUUAUUUUUCUAUUUCUGCUUCUCUUCCCCAUGAACAUACUCUGUCACCAAAACUUCUUUUUCUCUUCUCGUCUCGCUAUUUCUAUCAACUAAAAAAAAAAACAAAAAAAAAAAAACCUAACUUAAUAAAAAAAAUUAACGAACAUCCAGUUGAAAUGCUAUCAGCAUCAGAACCAGGACCGCCGGCCUCCGCCGUCAAAUUACCAUCAGCAACCCCUCCGCCGCCGUCUUCCGAUGAGGAUUUUUUCUCAUCAGUAUCGGUGGCAUCGACGUCCUCCACGUCAUCACCAUCAACACCAACUCCUUCACCAGCACAGCCUCAUCCGGAGAUCCCAAUUUCAUGGCCCGAAGACGGGGCUUUAACCCUAGCUUGGGUUGAUAACCUAAUGCUAGCAUUUGAUUGGUCAUCAAAGAAUCUUUCUCCGGCUGAGCUACCAUCGGUGUUACCCGUAGCGGUAUUUGAUCGGCUUAUACUUACGGGGUCGAAGAUCUUGCAUAAAGAACCCAAUUGUGUGCAUAUCGAUAAGGGGUCCGGGUUGGGUCCGGAAUCGAAGGUGGUUGUGGUUGGCGACGUGCACGGCCAGUUGCAUGAUGUGUUGUUCUUGUUGAAAGAUGCGGGCUUUCCUGCUGAUAAUCGGUUCUUUGUGUUCAAUGGGGAUUAUGUUGAUAGAGGUGCUUGGGGUCUUGAGACCUUUCUUACCUUGCUGGCUUGGAAGGUUUUUAUGCCCAAUCGGGUGUUUCUGCUUCGUGGAAAUCACGAAUCGAAGUACUGCACUUCUGUAUAUGGCUUUGAGAAAGAAGUCUUAGCCAAGUAUGCGGACAGCGGGAAACAUGUCUAUAGGAAAUGUUUAGGAUGCUUCGAAGGACUUCCUCUUGCCUCCAUUAUUGGUGAUAAUGUCUACACUGCACAUGGAGGUAUUUUCCGUAGUAUUGCUGUCACUCCAGCUAAAAGAGCUAAAGGGAAGAAGAACCGUAAAAUAGUUUUGAAUCCUAGUGUAAGUGUUUUAUCUCUUGGUUCCAUGGAGGAGUUAUUAAAAGCUAGGAGAUCUGUCCUUGAUCCUCCUUGGGAAGGUACAAAUUUGAUACCUGGUGAUGUCUUGUGGUCAGACCCAUCAAUGAAGGAUGGACUUUCCCCGAAUAAAGAAAGAGGAAUCGGUCUCGUAUGGGGUCCGGACUGUACAGAAGAUUUUUUGAAGAAGUUGAAUCUAAAGUUGAUUAUAAGGUCACAUGAAGGUCCAGAUGCAAGGGAAAAGCGAAAUGGAAUGAAACCAAUGGAUCAAGGGUACACUGUAGAUCAUGAGGUCAAAUCCGGAAAAUUGAUUACAUUGUUUAGUGCCCCAGACUAUCCACAGUUUCAGGCAACAGACGAUAGGUAUCGAAAUAAAGGAGCAUACAUUAUUCUGGAACCGCCUAACUUUGAUAUCCCUGUUUAUUGCACUUUUGAUGCAGUUACUCCAAGACCAAGGGCAAAUCCGUUCUAUGAUUAUGAAGAUUGCAUUGAUUCUGAUGAAGAACUAGACUUGGCAGCUAUGGCUACAUGAAGGCCAUUCUCAUUUGCAAAACUUAAAAUAUUUGUACAUGCUUCUAUGUUGUUUUUGAGGUGAUAUGAGUAAAAUUACUGCUAAAGUAUUUUUUUCCUUCAAGCUCCCUUGCCUGAAUGAGAUAUGUAUCAUGGUUUUCUGCUCAGAGCAGUUACUGAUGUACAACCCUUUUUGUAUCAAAAUUUAGACUGUCUGCUUCUUGUGUAACUAAUAUCCUUAGUGCUACUUGUUUUUGCAAAACCAUGGAAGACUUCACCUUCCAGCUAUAUGCCCUUGAGAAGGUUUAUCUUUUCUUGGAAUGUUCACUUGACUUCUCUA